AAAGAUUAAAAUUGUUCUAAUACAGAACGUUUUUAAAUUUCUCAAAACUUUUUUUUAAUAAUUUUAAUUAUUUCUGCAACUUGUUGAAUAGAACUUGUAAUAAGAAAAAAGUUGAAUUAAGAACAAUUUCUCAUCAUUGCAUCUCAAUCGUUUGAAGAAUCUCAACUUAUUUCCGAACCUGAUUCGUUGCUUGAGGCAGUCAUGUGGACAUUUUUAGCAUUAUUUUGUUUAUUGCAUUUGGUACUCAGUUCUCAAAAAGUACCACCAUCUCAUCCAAAUGACGUUGAUUCUGAUUUAGAUUACAAAUUAUUCAUCGAUUACAAAUUACAAUUUGAUAGAUGGGCCGAUUUAGCAUACGACUUUGUAGGCAAUCUGAGCUGCAAUGAUGCUAUUCUAACAACUGAAGAAGAUUGCCUGCAAUUGAUAGCCAUUCCUAAAUCCGAGAUGAAUUACUAUUUGGCAGAACCUGUACCAGCUCAGAAGUAUCAUGCUGUAUUGCCUGAUGGACCGUUAACUCGUACAGACCCCCAUGAUGCAGUACUAGUAUUGGAUCCUUAUCCAAAAGCAAAUCUUGGACAUCUUCUUUUGGUCUUCUUCAUCGAUUUAAGCUGGACAGAAUUUCAGUGCUUGAGAAAUGGUGGACAAUAUACAGAAGGAGGUGUGUGUUUCACUGUAGCUUUGAGACAAAGAUGUCACAAUCUUCUGCAGCAUUCCAAGUGGGACGAUACCAACAACCGGAUUAAGGCAUGUGAGAUUAUGUUUUUUCCUUUAGUAUAUCCCGUUGGAGAAAAGCAACUGCAACAGUCACAAAAGCUCAAAUGCAGAGAUGAUACCCCAGGCUUUGCCGCAUGUCCAGUGCUACGUCCUAAAAACAAGACAGACAACGUACUGUGUGAUGCUGUGGAAAAAAAUUCUUACAGAUGUAGCAACACCGCCAAAUCAGUGGGUUUACGUUGCCGGAUAUUCGAGAGAUGUGACCAUGCAGUUAUGAUAUCUGGUGGAUGGGAUCGAUUAACCGAUAGACCGAUGUAUCUUGAAAACUUGCACCGUUUCCACGAAAUGCUCACUCUCAAUGGAUUUCCCCAAAAGAAUAUCAAGAUUUUCUAUUCUAAUGGAAAAUAUGGAAUCGAUGAAAACAUGGUCAUUCGUGAAAAUAUUUUCCCUUCAUCUCUGAAGCUAACAAUGCGAUACCACAUCCAUCAACUGUGCUCCAGAUUGCAUUGUGCAGAUUCAUUUGUGAUAUAUCUCAACAGUCCAACUCAAAGCAAUGGAGCCGCUCUUUUGUGGGAUAUAGACCGAAAUGGAGUGGCUGAUGAAAAUGAAGUAUACACAAUCAAGGAAUUGUUAGCUGAUACAGAAGAAUGUGCAGCUCAACAAGUAUACAUUAUAGCUGAUCAAAACUACUCAGGAAAAUUAAUCCACGCACUACAGCAUUCUAACAAACAUGAUAACGUCAUUGCUUUUGCAAGCGGUCAGAUGCAUGAGUAUUCUUGGAAUGGAGACUACACUAAUCUUUGGACAUCCUAUGACCACAAGGAAGAAUGUGUCCAAAAUACUCACGAGAUGCUGAAGACAUUUAUGAACACUUCGUAUCCUUUAUCAUUUGACGGAUCAUUAGGUACCCUGAAUACUACCAUCUUUGGAGCUCCAUGUGACGUCAGACCCCCAUUUACCGAAUAUGAACUCCAAAAAAGAUACUUUGGUUGUCAGAAUUUACCAACUUACAUUUGGAUGAAAAGAACGAGAGCAGAAUCUAGAUUAGAUAUGCAAAAUUUACGUCUCGCCCCUUGGAGAGACUCUAGAUAGGUAUUUAAAGUGUGUUGCCACAGAAAAACUAACAAUAUUUAUAAAAUUGAUAAAUAGUAGUUAAAUAAGCUCACUGGGCAACAACAAAAAAUAGUUACCUUUAGAGAAAUUACCAUCAUUCAGUUAAGUGUAACUCAUGCCUCUGGACUUGUCUACGAGGAUUUGUAGGAUUUCAAGCAAAUUGCAUCUAGUUUAAGCCACUCGUUGAAGAUUUAAUCUCGCAAAUCUACCAAAUUGCGCAGCUGCAGAUUUCGUAGAGCGUGUGUGUAUUUAUAGAAACAGUCACGUAUUUAUAAAAACAGCUACAGCCUGAUGACAAUGGCCAUAGUUAUAUUGACUAUAAAAUAUAGCUAUUGAGUAUCAAUAGCCUUCUUUAUAUUGAAGAUGUUGGCUGAACGGCUGCACCUCAUUUCAUUGAUGUCUCGAAAUUGUCUCUAUGGCUAGUUUUUGGUCGCGUUAACUUACCAUAAAUGCUUGAAAGAGGCGUAAACAGGUUUUAGAGAUCUGCCCAUUUAUUUUGCUGAGAGAAUAACUCAAUUAUGAAGAUCUGUGGUAUGGGUGAAGCUUUUUCUAUGAGUUUCAAUAAUUUGUAUUGUUUUUGUCAAUUGCUGGAAAAUUUAAUUUUAUCCUCAUAAGAGAAGAAAAAAAUGAGAUGGUAUGUCAUUGUUUGAGUAUAUGUCUUUCUGCUAAAUUAUAUCAAAUAUUCAUAAUAACUCAAUUGUAAAUUUAUAGUGUACAUAUGUGUAUAGCUUAAUAAUUGAAUCAGUGAAAGAUUACUAUAGUUUUUCCGAUGAAAUCAGUAUCGAUGAGAGUUUUCAAUUAAAUUGUGAUUAAGAAUUGUGAGUUUUAUUAUUAUUUUAUUUAAAAUAAAUGGUGUUUAUUGUUAACUGUAAUUUAAUGAAGUAAGAAAUUACUUAGACACCUUGAAAGUAAAGGUGAUGUCUAUUUCAAUGACGUUAUUCCUCUGCAUAGAUCAGCGGCAAAACAAUCAAGAGGUAUAUAUGCCGCUACUUUUAAGUCAUUACUUUUAAUUAUAAUUUCUAUAAUUUUAAUUCAGCAAUAGCUCUGGAUAAACUUUUUUCUAAACUUUAUAAUACUAAUUCAAUUUAUAAAAAUUUAUAACAACCAAAAGAUCUCAACAAAAAAAAAUGUGACAAAACUGAUUUGAUUCAUAUAAAUCAUCAUCUGUGAUAACUAUAAAUGUUUAGUAUACGAAAUGUGUUUGUUUAUUUUUUUUAUUUAUUUGUGUAUAAAUCCAUGUGAAGAGUUAUUAAGUGUUUUGUGUGUAGUAAAGGAUUAAAAAAAUUAUCUAUGUAAUCUAUUGUAAAUAAAUUUUAUUUUCACAGAAUAA